AUGGCAGACCAUUUACUUCAGAAAAAAAAUGCAUCAAAUGAAAAACCGAUUGAAGUUUUCGUCAGAGUGAGGCCUAUGAAUGAUGCAGAUAAAAGUAAAGGCUUACCUGUUGUGGAUGUUUCAUCUAACCAUAAGGAAAUUAUAGUAACAGAAAAAACCGUUUUAGCUGAUCGUCGUACUAAAACAUUCCAUUUUGAUAAAGUUUUUGGACAAAAUUCAAAACAAGUUGAUGUUUAUAAUGUUGUUGUAUACCCAUUAAUUAAAGAAGUCUUAGAUGGCUACAAUUGUACAGUAUUUGCUUAUGGGCAAACUGGAACAGGAAAGACUUUUACCAUGGAAGGUGAUAGGUUAAAUGGACAAUCAUCAAUAUCUUGGAAUACGGACCCAAUUUCAGGGAUUAUUCCGCGAGCUUUAAGUCAUAUGUUUGAUGAACUUAGACUCUUACAAGUUGAACAUACUGUUAGAGCAUCAUUUUUGGAACUUUAUAAUGAAGACAUUUUUGAUCUUCUUUCUUGUUCAGAAGAACCUUCAAAUAAAUCUCUUAGGAUUUUUGAAGAAAAAAAAGGUUCAGUAAUUGUACGUGGUUUAGAAGAAGUUAUUGUCAGUAAUAAAAAUGAAGUCUAUAAGUUACUAGAAAAGGGAUCGAAAAGACGACAAACAGCUGCAACAUUGAUGAACACCCAAUCUAGUCGUUCACAUACAAUAUUCACCAUAACUGUUCAUAUAAAAGAGUCAACUAUUGAGAAUGAAGAUAUUGUUAGAGUUGGAAAGUUAAAUCUUGUAGACUUGGCUGGUAGUGAAAAUAUUGGACGAUCUGGUGCAAUUGAUAGACGAGCUUGUGAAGCUGGUAAUAUCAAUAAAUCUUUACUUACACUUGGUCGUUGUAUCACAUCGCUUGUAGAACAAACCCCUCAUGUCCCAUACAGAGAAUCAAAACUUACUCGUUUAUUGCAAGAUUCUUUAGGAGGUAAAACUAAAACCUCUAUUAUUGCUACUAUAUCCCCAUCACAUUGUAAUUUGGAAGAAACUAUGAGCACAUUAGACUAUGCUUCUAGGGCUAAGAGCAUAAAGAAUAAGCCAGAAGUAAAUCAGAAAUUUACAAAAAAAGCAUUAAUACGGGAAUAUACUGAUGAAAUUGAAAAACUGAAACGUGAUUUGGUUGCUACUAGAGAUAAAAAUGGUGUGUAUGUAGCUGAAGAAAAUUACAAUGAUAUGGUGUUGAGAUUAGAAAAAAAUGAAGUAGACAUCUGUGAAAAAAUUGCUACAAUACGAGCUGUUAAUGAAGAAUUAAAUAAAAAAGAAGAAAUUAUGAGGGAAUUAAAAGUUGAUUUGAUACGAACAAUGGAUGAGCGAGACAGAAGAGACAGUCUCAUUGUUAAACUUGACAAAGAAGCAACAACCUUAAGGUCCUUGGCUGAAAUUUAUGAAAAUGACAUGAAAUUACUUCAUGAUAAAAUAGAACGCACUAUUGAUGUCGAAAAAACAAAUGAAUCAGCCAUUGAGAAAUUAAGGAAUCGAGUAAUGGAAACAAAUACUUCAUUUUCAAAGACUUUAAUGUUAUUUGAAAGUAAAAAUAGAGAAUAUUUAGAUACACAAGAUAAACUCAGCGAUGACAUGCUUAAUCAAAAUACUUCAAUCAAGAAUAAUCUACAAGUAGUUUUAAAUAAAAUGAACGAUAAUAACGAUACAACCGUUAAUAUAUUCUCAAAUAUGAAAAAACAAGUAAUGGACAUAUUGAAUCAUGGCGAAAAUGGAAAAAAUAAAAUAGAUCAAAGAAUAAAUAUUUUACUUAAGGAAAUGGAACUUUUAGAAUUCAAUAUAAUGGAAAAGUCAGAAACAAUUAAAAAUGUUACUACAUCCAUGGAUUUAUAUCAUGAUGCAAUUUUAAAUCACAUUAAUGAGACAACAUCUUACAAUAAAAAUAUAAAUGAUGUGCUACUUGAAAUUAAGUAUCGUUUGACUACUCAAGAGACUUUCAAUAAAUCCAUUGAAAACCAUUAUAUUAACCGUUCAAAAAAAUGCUAUGAAUCAUUGGAUUUGGAAAAACAAAAAACAUUAGAAAAAAUCCAAAAGAUCAAGGACCAGUUUCUUAACUAUAGUUUACAAUGUCAACAAUUCAAUACUCAAUUCUUAGAAGAUAUUCAAAAUAUCGAGGAGACCAAAACGUAUGAUGAAAUAAAUGUAGAUUUUGAUACUCAAAAUAAUGAAAUAUCAGAAAUGUUCACAAACCAAGAUAAAGGUAUUAAAGAUUUGGUGCCAUGUUUACAAACAUUGGAAAGAAUACAUUUACAAAAUUCUAAUUUACUCAAACCAAUUGAAAAUCAUACAAAUGAGAGUCGUGUUAUAAUGAACACCAUAACUGAUGGGGCUCAACUAAAAACAUUAUCAGAAAAGUGUAGCAGUAACAAGGAUGAACUUACAACAAUUUCAACUGUAAUAAAUAAAGAAUUAAAUCAUUUGACCCAAGAAAUAAAAACUCAUGUAGAAACGGCAAAUGAUAACAUUUUGAAAACAACGAACGGUGUAUCAGAAACACUUCUGGAUGCUAAAAAAACUAUGGAUGAUUUUGGAAAUAUUUCAAAAGAUUUUCACACAAAUUUUUCAGUUCUCAGAGAAAAACAGGAUGAUAGUUUGGGUACAGGAAGCUUAUGUGUUAAAGAAGAAUUCUUCAGACAAGAAACAAAUAUAAAUAUGUUUUUGAAUGAAUCAAAACAAUGCAAACCAUUGGGAGAAACACCGAAAAGAAAACAAUUUGACACUCCAGAUUGGGUUAACACGACAUUGAGACGUGAUAUUACUCAAAAAUAUUUAGUUGAUUUCAGUGAAUCUGUAACAAAUUCCACACCUUCUUCUAUAAGUUCUAGUGUGCAAUCCUUAGAUGGGUAUGAAUCCAAUAUACCAUCGAAGGAAAAUAGCCCUAAAGCUUUAAAGAAACAUGAAAAGAAAAAAAGAGAAAACCAGAAUAUCAGAAAAACUAACAAAAUAUUAUCAGAACGAAAUUAA